CAUGUUGAGUUUAGUUGCGAUGAUGUCAGUUUUAGAAGAGGCUGUGAGCUGGACCGUCCACACAGGCCGGGGUAACGCGUCGUUACACUCAAUACUUACGUUGGCUGUUUUCCUCCAACACCAACAAUGAAGCUGUCCGUCUCCCCUGGACCGCACGGUACCGUCCGGUGUCACAUUGUGCCACAACAACUGUGUUUUAGAUGGGCGAGGCUGCGGCUAAUUCCUGGAGCGUGAAGUCGAACGGCCGUGAAGCAGCCACCCUUUUAGUUUCACAGACAGCACCAUGAGUCUACGAGAGAUCAGUGAGAAUGUGAAGCUGGCCCGCGAGUACGCCUUGCUUGGAAACUACAGCUCUGCUAGCGUUCUCUAUCAUGGAUUGCUUGAACAAAUUAAAAAGUAUGCGUACACCGUGCGAGACAGCAGUUUUCAGCAGAGGUGGCAGCAGUUGUGGCAGGAAAUUAGUGAAGAGAAUCGACAAGUUCAGGACAUCAUGUCGACUCUUGAAAACUUUCAGCUGGACACGACGCCUGCUAAACCCAGUAACCACGACGACUGUGAGAUAAGGCCUGUGCACAUGGAACCAAGACAUUCUCCCAACCCUGUCAGGCGGCCCUCUAACCCCUAUAAAGACAGCAAACCUACCAACAACCGCCUUAGUGUGGCUGUGAGGGCCCAGCAAAGGCAUUCGCCUCGGGGGGGCAACGGGGACAGAAGUAAACCCUUCAAGGGCAAAGAAAAGAAGGAGUCAAAGGAGGUGAAGGAGGCCGCUGGCAAAGCAAAGGAUGAUAAGAACAAAGCAGAUGUCCAGGAGAAAGAAGUGAAAAAGUUUGACGGGACAGGAUAUGACAAAGACCUUGUGGAAGCUCUGGAGAGAGAUAUUAUAUCUCAGAAUCCAAAUGUUAAAUGGGACAACAUUGCAGAUUUGGAAGAUGCAAAAAAACUCCUGAAAGAAGCGGUUGUGUUGCCGAUGUGGAUGCCAGCAUUUUUCAAAGGCAUACGGAGACCAUGGAAGGGAGUGCUUAUGGUGGGACCUCCAGGCACAGGGAAAACACUUCUGGCCAAAGCAGUAGCUACUGAGUGCAGAACCACAUUCUUCAAUGUCUCCUCAUCCACUCUCACCUCAAAGUACAGAGGGGAGUCUGAGAAGCUGGUUCGCCUGCUCUUUGAAAUGGCCCGUUUUUAUGCUCCCACUACAAUCUUCAUUGAUGAAAUUGACUCCAUGUGCAGCCGGAGAGGGACUUCAGAGGAACAUGAGGCCAGCCGGAGAGUCAAGGCAGAGCUACUGGUGCAGAUGGAUGGUGUUGGUGGAGCAUCAGAAAACGAUGACCCAUCCAAGAUGGUGAUGGUGCUGGCUGCCACCAACUUCCCAUGGGACAUCGAUGAGGCUCUGAGAAGACGACUAGAGAAGAGGAUCUACAUCCCUCUGCCAUCAACCAAAGGGAGAGUGGAGCUUCUCAGGAUCAACCUGAAGGAGCUGGAGCUAGCCAGCAAUGUGGACUUGGACAAGAUCGCAGAGCAGUUGGAGGGUUACUCAGGAGCUGACAUUACCAAUGUGUGCAGGGAUGCCUCUCUGAUGGCCAUGAGGCGAAGAAUCGAGGGCCUCACACCAGAGGAGAUUCGCAACAUAUCCCGGGAUGAAAUGCACAUGCCCACCACCAUGGAGGACUUUGAGUCAGCUCUGAAGAAAGUGUCUAAAUCCGUAUCUGCAGCUGAUCUGGAAAAGUAUGAAAAGUGGAUUGAAGAGUUUGGGUCCUGUUGAAAAACACCAGCAACCGUGUGUCUGACAUUGUAACUCUAGUUAAUAUUGACUCUGUGUGUGUGUGUGUGUGUGUGUGUGUGUGUGUGUGUGUGUGUGUGUGUGUGUGUGUGUGUUAGGUUGUGGAUGUGUAUUUCGUCGAACCAUUCAGGUGAUACUGAAGAAAUGAGUAAGGUUUAUUACUUUAAGUAAAUACAUGCACUUACAAAAUGGCCCCUCUUCUUAUUGUACAUUAUAUUAAUGUUGUCCAAAAGCCUUUAUCUAAAAAGGGUGACUUAAGAGGCAACAUUUUUUCAAAUGUUUAACAGAAACCUAAAAUUAUCAAACAUGUUCAUCAAAAUCUUCUUUAGCUUUCACAAAAACAUACAAAUCUGACGACACGAUAUACCCCUCACCACACUAAUUUUCAUAGAUGUUUCCUUAUGUUGCCUUCACAAGUGUCUUAAUGUCAAUCUAAUGUUAUGCCUGUUUUUUGUUUUUUUUAUGCACUUGAUCUUACUUGGAACCAUGUGGUUCCUUCACAUUUUGAAGAUGUAAGCUCUUAUGAACAUAACACUAACAUGAUAUUUCUAAAUAAAGUUAAUGAGAAUGGAUAUAAA